AUGCCUCGGGGCCUGCCUGGUCAAGCUGCCAAGAGGGACGAGGCAUCUUUCUCGCAAGUCGUGGAGUCAGGAGUCGCCACUGUGGUGAAGUUGGGGGCCAGCGACCGGGUGGUCCGGAUCAAUCGAGACGCUGGAGGUUCGCAGGUCGUGGUGGUGCUGCCAGAGGCAUUGAAGAACUUGGCCGCGGGGAAUCUGAUGCUGGUUGUCACGGAUUUGCUUCCAUCCCUGGGCGAGUCAUUUGGAUCGAAGAAGGGCGCCGCCGAUGUGAUUCUGUUGACUUCGCCUGUGCUGGAGAUCUCCUUUGCGCAAGAAGCCCAAGGUGAAGUAUCGGUGCUCGAAGUCAAUGGUUUGAGCGAUCCAAUUGUCUUCAAGAUCAGUGACCAACUACCGGUGGCCGGCGAUGAGUGUGUGUUCUUCGAUCCCUUGGAAGACAGGUGGUCCACAGAGGGAGCGCAACUCCUCACAGACACGGCGCUGGAUCCGGGCACCUGGUGCGCAGUGAGUCACACCUCCAUCUUCGCCGUUGCACAGACGGUCCCAUUUGGAAGCGCAUUCGAGUUGACCGAAGCAAAUGGCUACAUCCCUGCUGCCCUCCUGGUCUUGGCAACGUGCUGCUUGACAGUCCCGGCUCUGUGCACUUUUUUGGGUCGUCGGGUCAAAGCGCCGUCCACUGGAAGAGCCUACCUCGCCUAUAAUGGCCGCAGCAGACCGAUUACCUUUUCCAUGACGAAAAUUGUCAGUGAAAAGGAGGGUGGUGGAACUGACGACAAGGUGCUGGUGAAAUGGGAUGUGACGCCAGAUGUGCUACCUGAUUUGGACAACUGCAAGCUGCGCCAUGUCUCCACCGAGAUAGGCGGCAAGGGUCGCGAAGUGAUCCGCGUGAAGAGUUCAAAGAGUGACGCAGACCUAUCAGCCAGAUCGGCCAGAUCUACCGAGCGGAGCUUUAGCGUCAGAUGCAACUACAGCGACACGUCGUCUUUGGUGGAUCAAGAGGAUUCUAUAGAAGAGUGCGACAUUGAUGAUCUUCUGCCGCCACUGCCGACACUGCCGGCAAAGGCCGAAGCAUAUGAAGAUGGUCAGAUGGUGUUGUAUUGGUCGCAGUCGUUGGGGCAGAGCGCUGCGGCUGUCAUUGUAGGCAAGGGGACCUUCUUCAGCGAUGACAACGGCGAAGCUUGGCCGCUCUACGAUUGUCGAGUUGGCCGGCUUCAGCAGCUUCGUUGUGAGGUGCCACUGUGCUCACUGCGGCCAGCCCCGCGCAGCGGGGAGAAGCUGGAUGUACAGAUCAGUGGCAAAUGGCUCCCUGCUCGGUUCCUGGCGUCGUUGUUCUUCCUCGAGGUUUGUCGGGUGGCGCUUGAGGCGCCUAGUGAAGCGGGCGAGCUGCAAGUUCCCUUCCGUCGCCUCAGACGACGGUUCUCGAAGGGGCAGAUCUGCGAAGUCUAUGGCCAAGAUGGCUGGGUGAAUGCAUGCAUCGAAGAAGACAAGGUGGAUAGAUUUGACGCGCGUGAAUUGGUUGAGGAGGUCUUGGUUUCCUCCGGCAAGACUCAGCGGGUGCCCUUCUCCCUAGUGAGGGCUUCCCCAGCUCUCGUCGACAUGUGA